AUGGCAAAGGAAAUGAAGUUGUUUGCAUCAUUUGUUGAUGAGUUUGCACCAGCACCUAUGAUUCCACCUAAAAAGGUUUCACAUGCUCCACUGUUAGAAACUAUUGCAGAAGAAAAAGAGCCUGAAGAUCAUUAA